AUGUCAGCGAACAAAAAGAGGCACUUUGCCAGAAAAGUACUUGAUCCUGAGAGGUCAGAAGAAUCGGAAACACACAGUAGUGAAAAUGAGCAACCUGUGUUAAUUUCUGAACACGAUGAAACCGUUAACAAAACCAUAACGACAGAGGCCGCACCCCAGCAGCAGAAAAAUGAGGAGACCUCGUCCGAAGACGAGUUCGAGUCUGAGGCCGAGUCUUCUGACUAUAGCGACGAUUCCGAGCCUACCACUCAGCUUUCUCGACCGAAAUUCGUCAGAAGAAACAAACCUGAUACGUCACAUGCCUCUGCAGCAGAUACCAAGCAGAGCACAUUGGAACUAAUAGAGCGCACGGUGAGGGCCGAGACUCAAUUGAAUCAUACCGUAGACGAUACAGAUGGACUCGACCCCACAGCCGAAUAUGAAGCUUGGAGAUGCCGGGCAGAGGCGCGAUCGCAAAGAGAAUAUGACCGCUUGGCGGCUAUUGAACAGGAGUACGAAGAGCGAGAGCUGGCUCGUGAAAGAGAGGCCAAAAAGCCCAAACUCGGUUAG